UGAAAGUAUAGGGUGGGCUCAACUCCCAUCUUUUGUAGCCUGGCUAUAAAAUGCACCAAUCAAGUCCUCCUCAGUUCAUUCGCUUCAUCCAUUAUUCUCUGUCCUCAUAGGUACCAGUGAAAAGACUUAUCAUGAGUGCCCGGAAUGACGGCAAGUCUUCCUCGGUGCAGAUGAACGAAAAUGGAGUCCACAACAAACCCAACGUCAACAACAAACAGAUGAAUGUAGGGGCAGUCAAUGGGAAGAGCGCCCAUCACGUAAGAGUCAACGGAAGUCUUUACCCGGUCAAGUCCAAGAGCCGCAGAGAGCGAUGGGAAGUGAAGCCGUCUGUCAUGGCCGACAACACCUUUAAUCCCAUACGAGCGAUUGUAGACGGGAUGAAACUCUCACCCAAUCCCAGUAAACCCAUGAUCGCUCUCUCUAUAGGGGAUCCCACUGUGUUCGGAAACCUUCCGACAGACGAUGCAGUGCUGCAAGCCAUGAAGGACGCCAUCGAUUUGCAGCAGUACAACGGCUACGCUCCUUCCGUUGGAUACUUGAAGAGCCGACAAGCAGUCGCCAACUUUUACAGCUGUCCUGAGGCUCCUCUUGAGGCAGAGGAUGUCAUUCUGACCAGCGGCUGUAGUCAAGCCAUUGACCUGGCGAUCAGUGUCCUUUGUAACCCAGGAGACAACAUUGUGGUUCCAUGUCCAGGCUUCUCCUUAUAUAAGACUUUGGCUGUUUCCAUGGGCAUCGAGGUCAGACUGUACAACCUGAUGCCCGAGAAGUCAUGGGAGGUGGACCUGCAACACUUGGAGAGCCUGAUGGAUGACAAGACAUCCUGUCUGAUUGUCACUAACCCAUCAAACCCAUGCGGUUCAGUGUUCACCAAGGACCACCUACAGAAGAUCCUCACAGUGGCCUCCAGAAACCAUGUGCCUAUCCUGGCAGAUGAAAUCUACAGCAACAUGGUUUUUCCAGGUUGCGACUGCCCUUCCCUGCCGUCUCUCAGUAGCGAUGUUCCCAUUAUUUCGUGCGGAGGCUUGGCUAAACGCUGGCUCGUCCCCGGUUGGAGGUUGGGAUGGAUCCUCAUCAAUGACAGGAACAACAUCUUUGGCUCUGAGAUUCGACAAGGUCUGGUCAAACUGAGCCAACGUAUUCUUGGAGCGUGUACCAUCGUCCAGGGUGCCCUGGAGGGAAUCCUCAACAACACACCUGAAAGCUUCUACCAUGAUACUGUUCGAUUCCUCAAGUCCAACGCUGAGAUUUGUUUUAAUGAGCUGUCCACAGUGCCCGGCUUGAACCCCAUCAUGCCCUCAGGAGCCAUGUACUUGAUGGUCGGAAUUGACAUCGAUCGCUUCCCAAACUUCCACAAUGACGUCGACUUCACUGAGCAGCUGGUGACUGAACAGUCCGUUUUCUGUCUGCCCGCCACUGCGUUCGAGUAUCCCAACUUCUUCCGCAUCGUGGUCACGGUGCCGGAGCAGAUGAUGGUGGAAGCGUGCCGUCGGAUCAGGGAGUUUUGCCAGCGCCACUAUCGGCCCGACAGCCAUGACAGCAACAACCUGGACCAGUAAUACGGCAGUCACGCCCAUCUGUUGCCAUGGAAACCUAUCCCACAUAUUGAACAGGUUAAACGUGUACAACAGUGUUUCAUAUCGCUUUUUUCCAGUGAAUUGUGGUUGAAAUGGCCAAAGCUUUUAUUUAAACAACAUCUAUGAACCUUCUUGUUUUGAAUAUUUAUCUAAUUGUUUGACUGCUUUUACAUUCCUGGACAUCUUUAGGAUGGCAGACCAUGCAUAUUUGAUAGCUGUGUCUCAAUUGGCGCACUUGUGUACUUGCACUCAGUCUUUUGAGUGCACGAGUGUGAGAAGUACACUGCCAGUCCACACACACACACACACACACACACACACACACACACACACACACACACACACACACACACAC